AUGGCCGAUCCCCGCCAAGGUUCUUACCAGGAUCUUGUGCAGAGCUAUGCAGAUGAGCUAGAUUCUCUGAUAGAACAGGGUGUCCAUAAGCCCGUCUUUAUUUACCAUCUGGUGAUAAUCAACCUACUGCCUCUGAUUGGCUUGGUCAUACCGCGCCGUGGAGCUACUCGAUAUGUUCGCCCUGCAAUCUUUGCUCUCAGCUUGGGCAUUGCGGUCGAGAUGCUCAGUCGCCGCCGUGCGCUUUUAGGUGGGAAUGGGUAUAUGAUUGGUCUAAUGACAGCGUGGUGGCUACUGUGGAGUGCGACGCUCUUCGUGUUUUCGGACGUUGAGAAUGACUUUCGACGCAUUGAGCGAGGAGCCACGGCUGCGGAAUCGAUAGACGACCAAGUAAACGAGGGUCGAGGUGCUUCACAGAGCUAUUCGGUCGAUAGCAAAUGCAGUCUAGCCAAUUCCGACACCACGGUAUCUUCGGAUUCAAACGGACUGGCCGUUGCUGACAGUGGGCUGGAAAAGUUCCACUGGCAGUCCUAUCCUCGAAAAUUGACGCAUCGUCUUGAAUUGUGUGCGGGGCUUCUCUUAAAUCUCAGGGGGCCUGAAUGGAAUUGGCGUGUUUCUCACUUAGGUCCCCUGCCUCGAUCUGUGCACACACAAUUGCAUGCAGGGUUUGUCGCCAGCAAGGUUCGCGCGCAUGAUGAUGCUACGUACACGACGGCAAAGACUCGUCUCCGAGCUGCCCUGUGGACGUUCCUCCAGGGAUAUCUUUUGCUAGACUGUCUCAAGGUUCUCAUGAUGCGGGAUGCAUACUUUCGGGGAUUUAUAACGAAUGAGAUUUCACCUCCAUUCCCAUUCUCCCACUUUGCAUCGUUCCCACUGCUCAUACGACUUUAUCAUUGCUUCAUCAGCUCCGUGGGUGUCUAUGUUGCACUCCAAUAUGUCACGUCGCUCAAUCCUAUAUUCUUUCUGGGAUUGUCCAUGGCAUUCCCAAAUGCUGCUCGAAAGCUGACAGGCGCUCCACUUGAUGCAUCUUGGCUUUAUGCCGACAGCUUCGGGCCCUUCGUUUCUUCUGUCCUUGAUCACGGGCUAGCUGGGUGCUGGAGCCGAUGGUGGCACCAGCUCUUUCGCUAUGGCUUCACCGCGACUGCGAGUUGGAUUCUGUCACUGUUUCCAGCUAAAUGGUCGGCUGAUCCUCGAGUCAAACGAAUCACUUACGUUCUGAUCGCUUUUGCCGUGAGCGGGCUGCUACAUGCAUCUGGCAGCCACACGCAGUUUCCAAACACCCACCCUCUAUCCGGGCCAUUCUUGUUCUUUUUCCUCCAAAGCCUUGCGAUCCUUGUCGAGAACAUCUUCAAGACAGUCAUCUUCCCCAGGUUACCCCUUGCAGAUACCCCGCGGUGGGUACGUCGGACUGCGAAUGCAGUAUUUGUUUCCUGCUGGCUGCUCUAUUCAGGGGCCUUUAUUGCGGAUGACUUUGCCCGAGGCGGAUUGUGGCUGAUGGAGCCAGUGCCUAUUAGUCCACUUCGUGGAUUGGGCCUUGCAUAUGAUCAAGGGUGGUGGUGCUGGGACAAGCCGUGGUUCCGCUACUGGAGCGAUGGGACAUAUUGGGGAAGUGGGCUACGGGUCAUCUAA